AUGGAAGGUCAAUUUGAAAAGUGCAGACUGCUCCCGUUGGCCAUUUUCUUGGUAACGUCACUUUUGGUAACACAAACAGAUGCUGAUCCGUGUAUGUUUACAUGCCUAGAGAAAAACUGUACGUUCGGAUACCUUCCGUUCGGAUGUCCUCGUUGCCAAUGUGCUCCAGAUCCGUGUUUGUUCACAACGUGCCCCCAAGGUUUCCGUUGUGAGGCUGUUCAAACAACCUGUCCUAACGGCCUCCUGUGUCCCAAGGUUGCAAGAUGUGUGGCUGACCCUUACAACGGAGAACAACCGUGCGCAUGUCGGGAGGAAUUCUCGCCUGUAUGCGGAAUGGACGGUCUCAACUACCCGAACACGUGCAUCAUGUUAUGUUCAGGAAUGCUGAAAGUGUCGGACGGGUUCUGUCGCUGUAACUGUCCUCGGAUGUACACCCCGGUUUGUGGUACCAACAACGUAACCUACGAGAACGACUGCUUUAGAGAUUGUCAGUCCAUUUAUGACGGAAGUAUCCUAAAGCAACAUGAAGGAGUGUGCGAGUGUGUCUGUCCUCCUACAGAGACCCCUGUCUGUGGACAAGACGGAAAGACGUAUCUCAAUGAUUGUGUCCGGGCAUGCGCCGGAGUCCCUAAAAGUUCCUCUGGUUCGUGUGAUUGUGUGAAUAAGUGUGGCCCAAUGUAUUCACCGGUGUGUGGAACGGACGGGCUGACUUAUACCAACGACUGUUUCCGACAGUGCUCAGGUGUGGGACUGCUUUCCAACAUGGCUUGCCCUUGGAACCGCCGCAAGCGAUCUGCCACGAGCUCUGCUUUAAAGAGCUCUUUGGACUAA